AUGCCUUCUACAAAGUCCUUGCUCCUCGCUCUCGGCAUUUCCGCCGUGCAGGCUGUCCCCAAGCCCCAGGGCGGCGAGGGCAUUCAAUGGGGGAAGUGUAACAUUGAGACCAAAGGUCUGCCCGUCGAGUGCGCCACACUUCCCGUGCCGCUCGACUACUCCAACGACUCUUGCGGCGACACCCUCGACCUCGCCCUGAUCCGAUACCCGGCGCAGAAUGGGCCUUCUCAGGGGACCAUCAUACUUAACUUUGGAGGCCCCGGCCAAGAUGGAUUAAACAAUAUGAUCAGUUACGCACCAAUACAAGGACCCUGGGAUCCCCGCGGGACUGGCAAGACACUUCGGUUUGCCUGUUUCGAUCCCGAAGAGAUCGGCCUAACAUUGGCGUAUGAGCUUCCCGACGAGUCGCCCGAGGUCCGCCAGAGGGUAUGGGACGAGGCCGGUUACAUCGCAGGAAACUGCAGCGAGCGGCUCGGUGACACAGGCGACCUCGUAGGGAUGGCGUUCACCGUAAGAGAUAUGUUCCAGAUAGUCGACGCUCUCAACGAAGAUGGAAAACUGCGAUACUGGGGUAUUUCCGGCGGCACUACGCUCGGUGCUACGGCCGCUGCUAUGUUCCCCAAUAGGAUUGACAAAGUCGUUCUCGACGGCGUUAUGAACGCACACGAAUAUUACCAUAGCGUAGGAGAGACGAACAUCGUUAUAUCGGCGGAUGAUACCUUCCUAGGUUUCAUCCGCGCCUGCUUCGAUAAUCCCAAGAAGUGUCCCCUCACUGCCGUCGCAGACUCUGCCGACACGGCCCUCGACGCUAUCGUCAAUACCUUUGAGAAGCUCAAGACAGAGCCGCUCCUCAUCCCUGUAGAGAACGCCGAUCCUAUCCCCAUCUCCUACUCCAUCGCCAACUCCUUUACCCUCAGCACUCUUUACCGCCCCAACUCCUACCAGCUCCUCGCUGCCAUUCUCACGGCCGUCAUCCAGGAAGACACCGACGCGCUAGUAGAAGCUUUCUCAGGCGAGGGCGGUCCCAGAGCCGUCCCACAGGAGGCCCAAGCCGUUAUGGGCAUUCGCUGUGGGGACAAGAUACCUCGCGAGGAUGAGCUCUCGGAUCUGAACGAGGUGGAUAAAAAGUUCCGCGAUACUAGCAAGUACUUCCCUGGUUUUGGGGUUGGCUACUACGUUUAUGCCUGCGCGCAGUGGGGCUUCGUAGCCAAGGAGCGCUACGAUGGUGAUUUCCGCGUCCGCACAUCGUCCCCGCUCUUGUUUAUUGGGAAUACCUACGACCCGGUUACGCCGCUCGCGUCAGCACAGAACAUGAGUGUGGGCUUCGAAGGGUCCGUAUUGCUACAGCAGGAUGGAUUCGGGCACACCUCCAUCGCCCAGACAUCCAACUGUACGAACGAGGCUAUCGCGAAGUAUUUCGCUGAUGGGACACUACCGAAGGAGGGUACUAUCUGCGCGACGAACGACCCGCUCUUUGCGAACGACGAGGAGAUUUAG